CUGGACGCAGGGGGCGGCUCCUUCCGGCUGGCCUCCGCCUCUUUUUCCCAGACUGCACUGCGGGGCUACAUAAUGCCAAGGACGGGGCCCUCAGCUCUGUGGGAUUUGUAGUUAGCUUCUCCUCCCGCUUGGGGCAAAAAGGGGGAAGGGAGGCGCUGGAGAGAAUAAAAAGGGCUCCCUGGGGAGGCAGUGUGGUGUAGUGGUUAGGCCUAGGGGGACUCGGAUUCAAAUCCCCACCCGCUCACUGUGACCUCCUCUCUCUCUCAGUCUAGCCUACCCCACCCCACAGGGUUGUUGUGCGGAUAUUAUGGGUGGGGGGAGGAAGUAUCUCGCCACGCUGCCCUGAAUCCUUUGCAGAAAGAACAGGAUUUUUUUUUUUUUAAAGAUUAAGAGUAUGUCAAAAUGUAACCAUAACCCCUCUGCCAUGGGUCUCCUAGCAACGGGUGCGGGAGAGGGCGGAGCUCUGUACUAGGCCACGCCCCUCUUCCCUCCUGGGUCCGCUUCGAUGGGGUCGGACUGCGGGCUGCAGGAGCUGAAGCCCGGAGAGACCCCGGAAGGCGCGAGCUGGUACUCCCUUGUCCCUCUUGGAGAGGGCCCUUGUGCCCGGGUGGGUCACAACUCUUUGUAUCUGCCUCCGCUGGACUCAAGUGGCCAGAAAGGGAAAGUUGUCAUCGUCGGGGGUGCGAACCCAAAUGGCAGCUUCUGCGAUGUAUAUUUCUUCAAUCUUGAUACGCACAGCUGGACCACGCCUGGCUGGGAAGGCCUCUUGCCACGGUAUGAGCAUGCGGCCUUCCUUCCUGCAAGUCAGCCCACGAGCCUCUGGGUGUACGGAGGGGCCAGUGAAACAGGCAACAGGAACUGUGUGCAAGUUUUGGAUCUGGAAACCGGAAGUUGGAAGAGUCCAAAAGUGACUGGCACGCCCCCGUCCCCUCGGACUUACCACACAUCCUCAGCAGCAAUUGGAGACCGACUGUAUGUGUUUGGAGGAGGCGAAAAAGGGGCAGAUCCCGUCCAAGACCAGCAGCUUCACGUAUUUGAUUCAGCCACAUUGACAUGGCUGCAGCCAGAAGUUCUCGGCAACCCUCCCACCCCUCGGCAUGGCCACGCAGUGGUGGCCGUUGAGAACAGACUCUUCAUCCAUGGAGGCCUGGCUGGCGAUACGUUUUACAAUGAUCUAUUCUGCAUUGAUAUAACUGACCUGAAGUGGGAGACGCUCCUGGCCACUGGAUCUGUCCCAGGAGGGCGGGCAGCCCACUCCGCAGCUGCAUUUCAGGGCCACUUGUACAUUUUUGGCGGCAUGGACCCAACUGGAGCGCUGGACACCAUGUACAAAUAUCACAUUGAACAGGGUCACUGGACUCGGUUAGAGUUCAAGACCUCCUUACCCACUGGACGACUGGAUCAUUCAAUGUGCAUCAUUCCAUGGAAAGCAUCUUCUGACUUGAACCAAGAUGAAGCAGCAGCAAAGGAGAACAAGGGUACCGCAGCAGGUGAAGGUUCUGCCCGUGACAGGCCAGAGGAGCAGCAUCUGUGCUUGGUAUUUGGUGGGAUGGAUAUUAAAGGGGAGAUCUACAAGGACUGCAAAGCUGUGAGCUGCCUUAAAUAAUAAAGCCUAUGUUUCUAGCUGUUAAA